AUGAAUAAAAUCCUAAUAUUUUUAUUCAUUUUCGUUUUCAUUAUUUAUUUCGCGCUAUUUUCAAAAUCUAUAAACUUGAAACAAAAUUCAAGAAAUAUUCAAAAAUUAAUUGAAAACGAAACUGAUGAUUGGAAUAUUUGCCAUUUUCCAAAAUAUGAUGCAUGGGAUGAUGAAAUUAUGAAGGUUGGUUUGGAAAUUUUUCAGAUUUUUUUGAAUAUAAAAUAUGAUUUACUUAAGUUCAUUGAUCCGGAUUCGAAUUCAAUUAAAAAUUGCGACAAGAACUUCGAAAUUUUGACUGAAUUGAAGAAUUCUACUUGGUCUUCUUCUACUUCUUUUAUGAAUGAAGAAAAUUGUCGAGCAAGGUGAAUUUUAAUUAAGGAAACACCCUUAAGGUCAUUUCGAAAUGUUUCCAUGCAUAUUUCGGUUAAAAAAAACAAAAUUUCCACUGAAAAAACCAAUUUUCUUCUCAAAAAUAUUUAAUCUCAGUGUUUAUAUUUCUUAAUUUUAUUUUUUGCAUACCCAGAAAACAGUUUUUCCAUGCAAAUUCUCAGUUUCCCCGCGAAAAAAUAAAAAAAAUGCGAAAAAAUAAAAAGAAAACAACGAUACUCCGCGUUGACGUUGCCAGCGCGCGCGGUUUGAAUUUGUGUUUUUUUUUCGUUUUUCAAAAAACUUCCAUAUUUCAGCGAAAACUCAUCGAAAUGUUUUGAAUUUUUGCACCGAACUAGACUAUAGUUAAACUAAGCUAAAUAUAUUUCAGAUGUCAUAGAUUCAAAUCAGAAACGGAAAAUUCGGUAGAUAAUUGGACAAAUCAAACAGGCCCGGUUGAUUGUGAAAUUUUGGAAACUGUUUGUUCGGAUGAAAAUGGUACAGAUAUUUAUGGAUGGUUGCAUAGUCAGAUUAUUGAAACGUAAUUUUUUCCGGAAUUUUUAUGAAGUUUUCAGUAAAACCCUUUUUUAGACCUUUGGAACCACCGAAGAUGAAUAUUUCCGGAUUAAAACAAUUCGAUGUGGUUGUAAUAAUGAUUGAUUCAUUAUCAUAUACACAAGCAAUUCGAUCAUUACCAAGAACCCUUUCAUAUUUCAAAAAUCAUUUAAAAGCUGUCGAAUUUCCAUAUAUGAAUAAAGUUGGUGAAAAUAGUCGACCAAAUGGUGCUGCUUUAUGGUUUGGAAAAUCAAUGUUGAAAUUAGAUCGAAGUUUUUUUAAAGAACCGAUUAUUAAAGAAGAUUGGAAUGAUGAUUAUUUUUGUGAUGUUUUUAAAGAUAAUGAAACUCAUUUAUUCAGAGAAUUCAAAGAAUAUGGAUAUAAAACAAUGUUAGCUGAAGAUUGGGCUGCUGGACUUAUGACUUAUCCAAAUUGCAAAGGAUUUAGGCAUCAACCAAGUGAUCAUUAUAUGAAACCAUUUCAAAAUGCCUAUGAAAAAUAUGGGGAAAAUUUGACGAAGAAACAUUUGAAAGGAAAAUUUUGUAGAGAACAUCAUCACUCACUUUUAGAUUAUCUACAACAAUUUCAAAAUUCUUAUGAAAAUAUUCGAAAAUUUAGCUGGAUUUGGGCAAUUGAACUUGGUCAUUAUUAUCAGAAUUCAAUUUUCCAUGCAGACAGGGAUUUUCAUAAAUAUUUGAUGGAAAAUCGUGCAAAACUCGAGAAUUCUUUUGUAUUUUUAAUGGCUGAUCAUGGAUUUCGAUAUGGAGAUAUUCUGGAUACAAAAUUGGGGCGAAUUGAGAAAAAUAAUCCGCUGACAGCGAUUUCGAUUCCGAAAGAAUUACGAGAAACUACAGAGAUUUUGGAAAUUAUGCGAGAAAAUUCGAGGAAUUUACAAACACAUUAUGAUACAAGAGCCACGUUUUUGGAUAUUUUAAAGGUAGGUUUUGAAGAAAUUUGGGUCUGAAAAUGAUUUUUUUGACAAUUUGGCGACUGCAAAUUAUUUAUUGAACAUUUUGCGGUCUGCAAAUAAAACGCCAGCUAGCUCAGUGGUAACACCCUUGUUUUUGAAUCAGAGGGUGGCGGGUUCGAUCCCCCAUGCAACCUAUUUGUUUUUUUUUAUUUUUUUAAAUUUUUUUUUUCAGUAUCAAUCAAAAUCUGGAUUUUCCCAAACCCAACCGCUAAACAUUCCCGGAGAAAAAGGAAAUUCACUUCUUCGACACCAGCCAAAAGAUUUUCGAAAUUGUCAAACUUUGCCUAUCCCAAAGGAAUUUUGUAUUUGUCAAUUUGAAACUUUUGAAGCAGACAAGUCAGUUUUUUCUUCAUUAGAACCAAAAAAAAUGAGAAUUUUCAGCACUACAAAAUUAGCUAGAAAUGUUGGUUCAAAAGUUAUCGAAGAGGUGAAUUUGAAAUUGAAUGAAAGUGGGUUUUCGGAAAAAUGUGUUGAAAUGCAAUUGGAAAAUGUGACAUCUUUGAUACAAUACAAAAAUCAAUACAAAGGUUCAAUAUUAUAUACAGUAACAGUUUUGGCGAAAAAACCAAGUGAAGCGAUUUUUAAAGCGAAUAUUAUUGUGAAUAAAGAUUCAGAUAUGGAAUUAUUAGGAAUUAUUGAACGAGUUUCGAAAUAUGGAAAAACUGCAGAUUGUAUUGAAUCGGAAAUACAUCGACCAUAUUGUUAUUGUCGCGAACAGAAAUAA